AUGUUGACAUCCAACUGUCUCUUCGAUCUCAUCAUCAUUGGAUGUGGUGCAGCCGGUAUUGGUGCUGCACUUCAAUUACAAAAAUGUCAAUCAACUACUCGUUUUAUCAUUCUCGAAGCUCGUAAUCAUGCAGGUGGUCGAACGUUUACCGACACGCAAACCUUUGGUGCAAAAGCUCCUGUCGAUUUAGGAGCUCGUUGGCUACAUCAUUAUCAUCCAGAUAAUCCUUUUUAUACUUAUUAUUCUCCAUCAGACAAAGACCGAAUUGAUAAUAAUACGUAUGAUAGAUUGAAAACAAACACCUUCGAUACAGAUGGUAAACUGAUUCCACUGAAUUUGAUUGAUGAAGCCGAGAUAAUCUUUGAACAAUAUUGUACAAUCAUUGAAAAAUAUCCAUCCGAUAAAGAAGAUAUCUCUAUAUUCGAUGUCAUUCGUGAUGAAUACGCGAAGAUUGAAAACGAAAAAAUGCGACGUCUUGUUGGUAUGUGUCUUGCUUCCAUCGAAGAUCACGAAGGAGCAAAUCUAACUGAAAUCUCAACCAAAUCUUGUGAAAUCGGAGAAGGUAACAUCGAUGCACCCAUUCUCACAAUUUCUGAUGGAUUGGGUUCAUUCAUCAAGCAGAUAGUCGAUCAAAAUAAUCUUCCUAUCGAGUUUAACACUGUUGUUACUCAGAUUGAUAUUUCCAAUCAAUCGAAUAGACUUAUUCAUAUUUCGACAUUAAAUGGUCGUCAUUACUCAUGUAAAUAUGUUCUCAUUACUAUACCACUUGGUUGUUUAAAAGCACAUUCGAUUGUGUUCAUGCCAUCCAUACCUGAUUGGAAAAUAACAGCUAUUGAUAAAAUGGGUUUUGGAUUAUUGAAUAAAGUUUUUCUUCAAUUUUCAUCCAUAUUUUGGGAUGAGAAAUUACAAAACAUUGAUGUUAUUACGAAUCAUUAUUAUCAGUUUUAUGUCUGUAUUCCUGAAGCUCGUAUUCUAGUCUUGUAUAUUGCUGGCAGCCAUGCACGUGAUUUAGAACAACAAAGUGAUGAAGAGAUAGUUAAAACACUAGUUAUUUCUCUCCGUCGAAUCUAUCCGCUAAUGACUGAUCCUAUUAAAUGGUUAGUAACAAGAUGGACAUAUGAUCCAUACUCAUGUGGAUCGUACUCAUACUUUGCUGUGGGAACUGAUUUAGAAACUGUGAAAGAUCUAGCACGCGAGUCUCAUGAUGGUCGUGUACAUUGGGCUGGUGAACAUACAAAUUAUAGUGGAUCGAUCGGUUAUGUUGACAGUGCGUUUGAAAGUGGACAGCGUGAAGCGCUACGUAUCUUAGAGAAACUUGAACAGUCUUAA